GGAUAAUAAUGGUUCCCGAAACGGCAUUGUCGGUUUACGGUGAACACGGGACACAGAAACACGGAUACAGUUCAUCUUGCGUCAGAAAUUAAAACAUGACUGCGGAAACAGAACAGACUCAAAAAGUGCUUCAACCGCAUCUUUCAAAGCAGGACCUUAACUCACUUAAUGUUAGCGUGUUGACACCUCUGACACCUGAAGUUAUCAGCAGACAAGCAACCAUCAAUAUUGGAACUAUAGGACAUGUAGCCCAUGGUAAAUCUACAUUAGUAAAGGCAAUAUCUGGUGUACAGACUGUCAGAUUUAAGAAUGAAAAAGUCAGAAACAUCACCAUCAAAUUAGGAUAUGCUAAUGCAAAGAUAUACAAGUGUGACAAUGAGACCUGUCCACGGCCCGGCUGCUACCGGUCGUGUUCCAGCUCAAAGGAGGACUCGUUCCCUUGUGACAGACUUGGCUGUGCAGGACGGUUCCGCUUACUUAGACACGUCUCAUUUGUGGACUGCCCCGGCCACGACAUUCUCAUGGCCACCAUGUUGAACGGAGCAGCAGUCAUGGACGCAGCAUUAUUACUGAUUGCGGGUAACGAGUCAUGUCCACAGCCCCAGACAUCGGAGCACCUGGCGGCCGUAGAGAUCAUGAAGCUGAAGCACAUUCUGAUCCUGCAGAACAAGAUUGACCUGGUGAAGGAGAGUCAGGCCAAGGAACAGUACGGACAGAUCCUUGCAUUUGUUAAAGGUACAAUAGCCGAAGGUGCACCAGUGAUACCUAUCUCUGCCCAGCUCAAGUACAACAUAGAUGUCGUGUGUGAGUACAUCACCAAGAAAAUACCAGUGCCUGUCAGAGACUUCACCUCCAAACCUAGACUUAUAGUAAUUCGAUCAUUUGAUGUGAACAAGCCUGGCUGUGAGGUGGAUGACCUGAAAGGGGGCGUCGCCGGUGGCAGCAUUCUUACAGGGGUUCUUACGGUUGGCCAAGAGAUCGAGGUGCGACCUGGCAUGGUGUCCAAGGAUCAGGAAGGCAAGCUCACGUGCAAGCCAAUCAAAUCACGCAUCGUGUCGCUGUUUGCUGAACAGAAUGAUCUGCAGUAUGCUGUGCCUGGCGGCCUCAUAGGUGUUGGCACAAAGAUUGACCCGACUCUGUGUCGCGCCGACCGCAUGGUGGGGCAGGUGCUGGGCGCUGUGGGGGCCCUACCUGACAUCUACACGGAGCUCACCAUCUCCUUCUUCCUGCUGCGCAGGCUGCUGGGUGUGAAAACUGAGGGAGACCGCCGUGGUGCCAAGGUGCAAAAGCUGACCAAGAACGAGAUACUGAUGGUGAACAUCGGCUCCCUCUCCACUGGGGGGCGUGUGCUCGCGGUCAAGGCUGACUUGGCCAAGGUGGGGCUCACCAACCCAGUGUGCACUGAAAUUGGAGAGAAGAUCGCAUUGAGUCGUCGUGUAGAGAAACAUUGGAGAUUGAUUGGCUGGGGACAGAUUCGUCAAGGUGUAAAAGUGAAUCCGAUAGAGUGAACAGCGAAAGACAUUUAGGUUUAAGCAUAGUCAAACACAUAUUGUGUUUGUUAUAGCAUCUUCAAAUUAAUAACGUACAUUAAUAUGUGUACAUGUAAGCAAUUUCAGCAAGUACAAAUUCACUCUUCAUAUAAUGGGAGUUACCAGGAUAGAAGUCUUGGAUAUUAAAUAUCAUUUGACAAUUAAAUGUGCAAAUUUUUCAUUAAAACUUGUUUUAAAACAGAUAUGGCAAAUUAUGUUCAACCUGACUUCAAAUACUCAGGUGGAAUUAACAUUUAUCUGUGAAUUUUACUUUGCAAUUGUUGUAAGAAUUUUGGAUGGCUUAUUAAAUAUAUUCAACCAUGA